AUGCUCUCCCGAACCCUCCGCGCGCGCAGCGCCCUGCGCCUCGCCAAGCCAUCCUUCCGGGCCACCUACUCGUCGCAGAACAAAGCCGAAGUGCCCGCCAACGACCCCGUCGCGCGCAAAGAAGUGCCGACCAUUUCCAAGACCAAUGCGACCGCCACGUCCUCGGAGGGCUCUUUCGACAAGGUCCUGCAGGAGAGCGUCGAGCAGGGCGAGAAGCUGAGGAAGCAGCAAGCCCCCAACCGUCAAGGAAUCUGGAGCAGGAGCCAGCAGCCUAGGGAGGUUGCCAUGAGCGGCCCGAGGUUCGAGCAGAGCAUCAUCGAGGACCAGCCUCGCCCGUACGCUGCUAUCGACCUCAUCCACCAGCAGCCCGUUCGCUGGACGCACGAGCGCAUCGUUUCCUGCGACGGUGGAGGCGGACCCCUCGGCCACCCCAGGAUCUUCAUCAACACCGACAAGCCCCAGAUCUGCUGGUGCACAUACUGCGGUCUUCCAUUUGCUCACGAGCACCACCGCGCACACCUCGAAUCCCUCCCUGCGGACCAGCUAUCGUACCCCCUUGGACCUAAGGGAAACGCAGCUGAAGUCAACGAGGCACAAAAGGUCACAGAUGAGCCGCUCGCCCAACGAUAA